GAACGUAGACACGAGACAGUCUGAUAGACCUCCUUGUGCAAGCUUGUUCAGUGUCCGUGGGCACUAGUUUACUCGCUCUGUAAAUCAGUUUUAUGGUAUAAAUAGUGAAUCUGAUAUUUAUUUGAUCCAUUCUAUUACUCUAUAGGAGAAAUAAUAUGUAAGAGUCUUAUGUGUGAAGCUUUUGUACUUAACUAAACCAGGCUUAUAGUUGACAGUUCGUAAAAUUAUGGCAUCAGUGAGACUCCUUCAGCCGACUCUCCGAAAUGGUAAACGGGCUUGGCGGAAUGGAUCGUUGUGGUUUGCAUCGCAGCCACUAAGGAGAGAAAGACAACUACCAAUCUUGUCUUACAUAUCUACGAAUGUUUCCUUUAACCAAAGUCAAACUCGGUCUUUUGCCACUGCUAGUAUUAAGCACCAAGGUGCCUUGAACCAAGUCGUCGGCGAGGACAAGGUGUUGCGAUGCCCCUUCCAAGACUCCAUGGCUCCCGUCCCCGGCGGCUCGAUCGUCCUGCACGUCAUGAAGGCCUUGGAGGAAAAUGCGGACAAAGUGGCUCUGAUAGAUGGAGUUACAAGUGAAGAACUGACCUCGAAGGACCUGCAACAGAGAGGCAUUAAGGUAGCUUCAGGGUUAAAGCGACGUGGCUUUGGCGUAGGAGAUGUGCUGUGUAUCCUAUCCCCAAACACCAUUCACUAUCCUGCUGUGUUCCUUGGUGCCACGCUUAAUGGAGGCAUUGUCAGCCUUGCAAAUCCAGCUUAUAAUGCAGAUGAGUUUGAACACAUAGUAAAGAAUUCAGGUGCCACAUGGAUAGCUGUCGGGGCUGGCUUAGAGAAGACUGCCCUUGAAGUGGCACAGCGUGUUGGGAACAUCAAGGAGAUCUUUGUGUUUGAAGGCCAGGCUGAGGGUUGUUCACUGUUCCAGGAGUUGUUAGAUGAUACGGGAGAUCUAUAUGCGCCCCAUACUCAGGUCGAUCCAGUUAAUGACGUAGUUGUUCUGCCGUAUUCCUCGGGCACUACUGGUCUUCCGAAGGGUGUAAUGGUGACACAUAGAAAUCUUGCUGCAGCUUUUAUGCAGUUCAGAGAUCCACGUACCUUGGGCUUAAACAGCAAUGAUGUCAUGAUGUUAUUCUUACCCUUCUUCCACUCACUCGGCUUCAUCAUGAUGUUCUCCUCACUUAUUAAUGAUUAUAAGGCAGUCAUGUUACCAAGAUUUAUUCCAGACCUUUUUCUGAAAGUCGUACAGGAACAUAAGGUAUCAUGCAUGGCUGUGGUGCCACCUGUGGUCUUGUUUUUGGCUCAGUCUCCAGCUGUAGAUAAAUACAACCUCACAUCACUUAGGAGGAUGUACUGUGCUGCAGCUCCAUUGUCAGCUGAUGUACAAGAAGCUGUGAUAAAAAGGCUUGGUGGCUCACUAGAGUUGUGCCAAGGUUAUGGGAUGACUGAGUCUGUGGCUUGUAUUUCACUCUGUUCACAAGAAAACAGGUUGGGAUCUAUUGGUCAGCUUUCCGGAUACAUGGAGUUGAAGAUUGUUGAUAUAGAAAUGAGAGAACCAUUAGGCCCAAACCAAGAAGGAGAAAUAUGUAUUAAUGGUCCCCAGAUAACUCCAGGAUAUUAUAAAAAUCAAAAGGCAACUGAUGAAACUUUUGCCGCUGACGGAUGGCUUAAAACAGGUGAUGUCGGGUACUUUGAUGAUGAGGGCUUCCUUUAUAUUGUAGAUCGGCUUAAAGAAUUAAUCAAAUACAAAGGACUGCAGGUUGCACCGGCGGAAUUAGAAGGAUUAUUAUUGCAGCAUGAAGAUAUUGUAGAUGCCGCUGUUGUUGGUAAGAAACACGAUCGUUAUGGAGAACUUCCAACGGCCUUUGUAGUUAAGAAACCUGAUUCACAUGUUACAGCUGAAGAUGUACAGCAGUUUAUUGCAGGUAAAGUGAGCAACCACAAGCACUUGCAUGGAGGAGUAGUCUUCAUGGAUGCCAUUCCUAAAAAUGCAAGUGGCAAGAUUUUGAGGAAAGAAAUCAAGAAAAUGGCAGAACAGUUAUAAGGGACUUUGUUAUAAACUUGACGACUGUGAUUUUUUUCAGUUUGUAAGUUUGUUUGUGUUUAUCCCAUUGUCUCCAAGGCAGCAUGAAGAUAUGGAAGGACCUUGGGUUUAAAGGCUUACAGUAAUGUUAA